AUGGGGAUGUCUGACCACAAUGCCCUUCUAACCCACAUCCAGAGACGACUGUCCCAGUGCCUGAGGGAUAGACAGGACACUGGGCAUCAUCGUCUGGACGAAGAAGAGGAGGAAGAGGACUUGGAGGUAGAGGAGGGUGACCGCUUCCAGCAGCUCCUGGAGCUGAAGUGUCAGAUCCGUAACAGCGGGGAGUACGACCUGUUCUACAGCAGACACAGCACCAUCGAGUGUAGUCUGGGAGAGCCAGCUGGCGGCGUGCAGCGUGAGCUCCGCAUGCUCAACGAGGAGCUCUGCAGCAUUGAGCUUGAGUGCCAGAACAUCAUGCAGGCACACAAGCUCCGCAAGGGGCCGGGGGGGACCCAGAGAGACCAGGGGCAGCAGGUGUCUCCCCAAACCGGUCGCCCUGUGCCCAAGGACCAAAGCUUCCGCCAGGGCAUCAGGGACUCGCCCAGCAGGUGCAAGCUGGCUGACAUCAACGAGCGUCCGGAGAAACCAGAGAAGUCGGACAAGGACAGCUCAAGCGCCUACAACACGGCAGAGAGCUCGCGUAGCACGCCGCUGGCCAUGGACCGCUCCCCCGAGCACUCCCUCCAGAGGAGGAUGAUCACCAUCACCAAUCAGAGGAACCUCCGCAGCAGCCUGGCAAGCCUCCAUGCCACAGCCAGCCCCAGUCCUAGCCCCAGCCCCACACACCGGUCCCUCCACCGAGCCCCCAUCCCAGGCAAGGCCAGUAGCCCCGACCACAGCCCCAACCCCUCAGAGUCGGACCAGACGGCCCCAGCAGAUGAUGAGAGGAGUGGGAACGGGAAAGUGAAGCCUCAGCAUCCUCCCAGGGCUUCCCAGAUCCCUUACCUCUCCCCAUCCCGUAGCUCCCAGCAUAGGCAGCCCAACGCCAACAUUCCGGCACACGCGCGCCACUACCAGAGCUACAUGCAGCUGAUCCAGCAGCGCUCGGCCGUGGAGUACGCUCAGAGCCAGCUCAGCCUGCUCAGUGUGGUCAAGGAGCCCCAGCUGAUCCCCGCCAACGAGGCCAAGAUGGAGUGGAAGGUCAAGAUCCGUUCAGACGGCACGCGCUAUAUCACAAAGAGACCCAUCAGGGACAAGAUCCUGCGGGAACGCGCCCUCAAGAUCAAGGAGGAGCGCAGCGGAGGGAUGACCACAGACGACGACGCUAUGUCCGAGAUGAAGAUGGGGCGGUACUGGAGUAAAGAGGAGAGGAAGCAGCAUCUAGUCAGGGCUAAAGAACAGCGGAGGAGACGGGAGUUCAUGCAGCAGAGCCGGCUGGAGAGCCUGAGGGAGAGUCCUCAGAGCAGCAGCGAAGGACGCAAGGAGGUCAGCAUCAUUGAACUGAGCCACAGGAAGAUGAUGAAGAAGCGCAACAAAAAGAUCCUGGACAACUGGAUGACCAUUCAGGAACUGAUGACUCAUGGGGCCAAGGCCCCUGAUGAUCCCAGGGCCAAAGUACAUAACGCCUUCCUGUCGGUCACCACUGUAUAAUAUACAACUAACACAUAAUCUACAGCAGUGUUUCUCAACCUUAUUCAUACCAGGGGCCAGCAAGCUAUGGUUCUUACCUUCAUGGAGGGCAGCUUACAUUAAAAGUGAUUAAAAUGAAAACUUACUAAAAUGAGUGUCAGUUAUUAACCAUCUUAGGGACCAGUUAGCAACAUCCCAGGGACUGAUCCUGGUCCCCGGACCGGAGGUUGAGAAAUACUGAUCUAGCUACAGUACCCCAUGUGGUAUAAUAUACUUGCCUCGUUCAAUGUGGCGUUUUUAUGAGGACGAUAGGAAUAUUUUUCACAACUUUGUUACCCGAAAAAUUGCAUUUUGUAAAGAAUUUUAACCAAUGUUUUCAAUUUUUUUGAUAUUUCUUUCAUCUGUUUUUCAUUCUGUCACUCUCUUCCAGUUCCAGAAGCACUUUUGUAUGAGAUUACUGUGCAAUUAUCUUUCUUAGUUCAUCCUUUCUUAGUUCAUCCUGUGA